AUGUCUCUAAAUGUCAUUCGUAAUAAUUUAAGUCAUCACAUUGCUGUGAAAUCAACACAGAAAUUCCAUCAAUUUCAAAGUUCAACUGCAGUUGUAGAUGAAGUAAGCGAACUCAUUCAACCUCCACCCCCAUUAUCAUCAUCAACAUCAACUUUCCACUCGUCAUCUGGAUAUUUCUUGUUGAUCAUGUCGAGACAAAUAUUUAGGCUUCUAAGUGUAGGAACAAACUAA